GGGCUGGGCUGGACUGGACUGGGCUGGGCGGGGAGCCUCCGGGGAGUGGCCGCCGCUCGCCCCUCCUCUGCGGGCGUCUCCCGGCUCGGGUGGUCGUGGUCCGGCUCGCUUUCCGCCCGCUCUCUCUCUCUCGCCGCGCGCUGCAGUCUCCGGGUGGGUGAUCCCAGCCAGCAAGCACCUCGGACCAUGGCCAACACGGAACGCACCUUCAUCGCCAUCAAGCCCGACGGCGUGCAGCGCGGCCUGGUGGGCGAGAUCAUCAAGCGCUUCGAGCAGAAGGGAUUCCGCCUCGUGGCCAUGAAGUUCCUGCAGGCCUCUGAGGACCUCCUGAAGCAGCAUUACAUUGACCUCAAAGACCGACCAUUCUUCCCAGGGCUUGUGAAAUACAUGAACUCUGGGCCAGUGGUGGCCAUGGUCUGGGAGGGGCUGAAUGUUGUGAAGACAGGGCGAGUGAUGCUUGGGGAGACCAACCCAGCAGAUUCUAAGCCUGGCACCAUUCGAGGGGACUUCUGCAUUCAGGUUGGCAGGAACAUCAUUCAUGGCAGUGACUCAGUAAAAAGUGCUGAGAAAGAAAUCAGUCUGUGGUUUAAACCCGAAGAACUGGUGAAUUAUAAGUCCUGUGCUUUUGACUGGAUCUACGAAUAAGGGGCACCAUGUGAUAUUUGGAAACAUCUCUUCAUCUCGAUGUGGAAGUAAACGGAUUUUUUCUUUUCUAAUAAGUCUUUACUAUUAAAGCCUUUGAAAACUGCAA